AGUCUAGCUGGUGGCAUGGUUGGACCGCCCAGUCCACUGACCGGCUGCUAUCUGCUGAUUGUGCUUGGCGAGCCGCACUCUGAGGAGCAUAAGGACAACAUCUUGCAGCACUUGCUGAAGGGUUUCCUCUCCUGGGACGUCUCUGAUUGUCAUGUCGAUUUGGAGGAGGAGCUCUCAACAAUUACACAACAUGCACCCGAGGGCGAGGAGGCGCGUCACGGCGAAAGACUCAUACAGUACGCUAGCGAGAAUCUAGUGACAGAGGUUCUCAUACAUCCCCAAUACAACACGCUCAUACAGUGUAUGCGCAACCUGCUCAGCAGUUUUACGCGUCACCGGCACAUCAUACAUGCAGGAUACACCUUCACCGGUAACGGUUCCUGGAUACUACAGGAUGGCACAUUCUCUGUAGCCGACUUCUCGGAGGCAUUUCAGGAGCACGAUGUACAAAGAGUCAUUCGGGCCUAUGCAGACACCAUCACUAUGAACAUUCAUUGCGCUGAUGCGGGUCUGUGGCACACAUUGCCGGAUAAGAGCUUUGCGCGUCUAUGCAAGAUCCGCAUCAAUCCGGUAGAUGUACUCGACACGAGCAGUGAGAGCAUAAAUGCCUUUAUAGACUACUUGGCACCUAUGGUGGUACCAACAUCUUUGCGUGAGUUGCUCGAGACUUCGGAUGUUGUCGGCAACAUACGCUUUACGCAUCCCACACUUUAUGUGUUUCCCGGAGGUCAGGGCGAUGCCGCACUCUUCGGUAUCAACGGCUUCAACAUGUUGGUUGAUGGCGGAUUUAAUCGCAAGGCGUGUUUCUGGGAUUUUGCCCGCCAUCUAGACCGUCUGGAUGCGGUCCUUAUGACCCGCCUGAAUAACAGCAACGUUCAGGGACUUGGAGCUGUGGUUGCACGCAAGCGUGAUGCCCACGUUUACCCUCAAAUCGGUCACUUCUUUUGCAAUGUACCCGAUCGCAGGGGUGGCCUACCUAGCCCCGAUGGAGACAAGGACCGAAAUCCCCUCUUAGUUGAUUUGUUUGAGCGGGGUCAUGGCUUGGUCAAUGACUUGAAGGCGUUAGAUUUAAAGCCGCAGUCCUGCUAUCGCAAUCAGGAGCCCAUCAAUCUGUAUCACAAGGUGGGUCACGGCACCUUAGAUAUGUAUGUGAUAAGCCCUUCGCGUGACUCGAAGGAGGUGAAAGACUUUCUGCAAAAGUGGAACUCUGGAGACCAACGUCUGUUUACAGCACGUGACACUAAGGAGUUUAACUUCCCACUGCAAAAUCUUGUCUCCAUUUGUGCACUGCUUGUGUGGCAGCCCGCCAAUCCGGAAGAUACCAUCACGCGCAUACUGUUCCCCGGCAGCACGCCUGACUACAAAAUACAAGAAGGCUUGGAGAAACUAAAGCACCUAGAGUUUAUGAAACACUCAACCUGCACGGCCAAAUCCAUUGCACCGGCCAUACAAACCAUGACCACCUCACGCAAGACGCUGAAGUCAGCCAUAGAGGCGCCCGUGGGUGUACCCUACAGGCCCAGCAAAUUCGGACCGGUGGCCACAGCCGCUGUCGCAGUGCAACAGGACAAUAAGGCCAAGGAAGCGGCUGCCGCAGCUGCAGCGGCCACAGCCGCAGAAAUUGCUACCAGCGAAGAGCCUGCCAAGCCAGCCAGUGAAGUCAUCGACGAAUCGAGUAUUGUACGUGCCAAGGCCGAUUCUGUAGACACAGAUGAGCUAGCUGCUGAUACCGGCGAUGAAGCCGCGCCAGAGCCCGUCGCUGCAAUAGCUGAAAACGGUGAGCAGGACAAUAAGGAAGCUGGGGAGGAGAAAAAAGUAGAAGUGGUGAUUGUAAAGCCACAGCAGCAGGUGGCACUUGCCAAAGAUUCCGUUGAUGCCGCAGUAGUAGAAGUGAGCAAGCCAACAAAGGCCGGCAAAGGCAAAGCCGAAAAGCCACGUGCCGAAGUCAAACCAGUAGUACGAUCUCGUAUUGACACCAAGCCACCAAGAUCAAUGGAUCGUAAAGCUGUCAAAGCAGCUGCGGAUAAAAAGAGCUCACCAACAGCGACUCCGGGCAAGCAGGACAGCACAGCAUCGCGAGCACCUGCCACGCGUGACGCCAAACCCAAGGUGUUAUGGCGUGGUACCCGAGUCAGCCCCAGUAACACGCCAGCGAAGAGUGCGAAAGAGGCGAAUAAUCGCAAGGUUCUGGAGUCGAAGCAGCAGGCAGCGCGUCACACAAGUACAACCACCACGUCGGCUACGCGUCGCGAAGUUUCGCGCACGACGACUACGAGUAGUAUUGAGAAGCGUGAAACAAAAACACAACAAAGUCAACAACAGGCCGCACAACGCAAACCUAUAUCGAGAAGACCUCGAGGUAUCUCGCCCUCAAAACGAGCACCGGGUAGCCCCAUUAAGUCAGCCAAGCCAAAGGCCGAUUUGAAGAAGUCGCGUCUGGAUAAGGGUGGCACCACAGAUUCCAGCCUGGUAUCCACGCCGUCAGCUGAUGACGCAAUAGCGGCCAAGAAACUGCAGGACCUAACAGCUUCUCAGGAACUAGAUGCCGAAAAGCAGCGUGAACUAGAUGACCUUAAGGAGGAGCAAGAAGUAGUGAGAGAAAUUGAAGCGGUCUUUAGUCGCGAUGAAAUGAAACGCCAGCAGCAAAUUAAGGCGGAACUACGCGAAAUGGCCAAGCAGGACAGCACUACGGAGGCCGAUGAAGAGGAGGAGUACCUGAUAAUCGAAAAGGAAGAGGUUGAACAGUAUACCGAAGAUUCAAUUAUCGAACAGGAGAGCAGCAUGACUAAGGAAGAAGAAAUACAAAAACAUCAACGAGACUCACAGGAAUCUGAAAAGAAGCGCAAAAAGAGCGCUGAAGAGGAAAUCGAGGCAGCGAUAGCCAAAGCUGAGGCUGAAGAACGUAAAGCCCGCUUCGAAUCAGCUGAAGCGGGAAAACGUGUAACAGUUGCCGAGCCGGAAAAAUUGCCGAAAACAGUUGAUGACUUGGCAUCGGCUGAGACAACCGAAAUUAAAGCAGAAGUCCACGAAAUUAUAGCUGCUGCCAAAGACAUUGUCAAGUCCCGUACAGAUGACCUGCUAGCAAAGCCUGCAGAGGAAGACGAUUCAUCUCCAACACCGGAGGAAAAAGUCAGUAGUGCUAAGAAAACCUCAGACACCAAGGACGAACCAAAUGAAGUACCAGAGGCAUUGCCAGUUAAUCUGCAAGAAAGUCUUCCUGAAGAGAAAUUUUCGGCAACCAUCGAGUCCGGGGCUACCACAGCACCCACAUUGCCCGAAGACGAGCGUAUACCUCUGGAUGAAAUCAAGGAAGAUUUGGUCAUAGAAGAAAAAUAUGUGAAAGAAGAAACAAAGGAGGUCGAAGCUGUUGCAGUGGCUACCGUAGAAAUAACCACUGCAGCUGUUGUGGUGACACAAGAAGCCAAACCUGAUGUAACCGCCAAACCUGCCGUCACUGACUUAGAAGCCGGUGAACGCGUCUUGCCAAAGAAAAUGACAUUUGAAGCCCAGCAGAAUCUAAUGCGUGACGUUAUCAAAACACCAGAUGAAGUUGCCGAUUUGCCCGUCCAUGAAGAGGCUGACCUGAGCUUAUAUGAUAAAGACAGUUUAGACACCGGACCAAAAAGCAUUUCUCAGAAAGAGGAAACCGCAAAGGAGGAAAAAGAAACUGAAGACAAACGGGAAAUAGGAGCCGACUCAGAAGAAGACCAAAAAGUUGAUGUAGCAGAAGAAAAAGAAGCAGUUAAACCAACAGAAUCUGAAGAAGUAACUUCAAAACUUAUUUCGACUGAGAAGCAUACUGAAGAACAUGAAAUUGAAACUGUGGCUAUAACUAUACAGGAAACGAAGCAAACCGUCGAGACCGAAGAAGUAAAAUUAAUUGAAGUGCAAGAGUCAGAAGUUAAACAAGAGGAGGUAGUUGGCAAAGAGCCGAAAAAAUCCGCAAGUACUCCAGACGAAAAAGAAGCCAGUGACAUAACGUCAGAGGACGAGCUGCCUGCGAAUAUUGCCCAGCCAUCAGCAGCUCCUACUAAGCUCAAAGAUCGAGAGGACACAGUUUCAUUAGAGAGUCCUGCUACAAUUGAAGAAGCAAUUGAAGUAGAAAUGCAGGUAACUCAACAACAGAGCAAAAGGGAUUCUGUUCAGCAAGAAAAAGCUGAGGAUGUUAAAGUGGACCAGUCGAAAGAACCUUCCCGACAUCCUUCAGUAGAAGGCGCACAACCUGCAAGUGUGGACGACGACAAGGCUUCAGUGCCAUCAAAAGAGUCAUCACGCCCAGAACCGACCGCCGAAAUUGCAAAGGAUGAAACAGAAAAACCUGAUGAAAAGACGUCUCGUCGUGAAUCAACUGUACAAGCAGAAGCCAUAAAAGACAAAACCCCUCUAUCCAAAGAAACAUCAAAGCCAGAGUCCGAUGCCGAUGCCGAAAGUGUAAAAGAUGAAACAGAGAAACUUGAGAGCGUUAUCGAUGUCAAGGUAGCUGCAUCUUUGACGGAAAGUAUUAAGGAUGAUAAGUCACCAGCACAAUCCAAAGAAGGCUCUCGACCAGAAUCUGUUGCUGAAAGCGUGAAGGAUGACGCAGAUAAGGAAUCAGAAGCCGUUAGGGCUAAGCGACAAGUUACUAAGGAUGAAAAAUCACCAUCUCAAUCCAAAGAAGCUUCCCGACCACCAUCUGUCGUCGGAAGCGCCAAAGAUGACACAGAAAAACCAGAUGGUAAAUCUGUGGAAACUUCUAGGCGUGAGUCCGUUGCCGACAGUGCAAAACCUGAAAGUGCAAAGGAUGAAAAGUCCGCAACUCCAUCCAGACCGGAAUCAGUAGCUGAAAGCGCAAAGGAUGACAAAGAACAGUCUGAUGAUAAGUCCAUAGAAGCUUCCCGACCCGAGUCAGUAGCCGAAAGCGUUAAACCUGAUAGCAUUAAAGAUGAAAAGUCACCAAUUCCAUCCAAAGAAGCUUCAAGACCAGAAUCGGUUGCCGAAAAUGUAAAGGAUGAAGCCCAAAUGCUUGAAGAAAAAUUAAAAGAAGAUUCCCGUCGUGAGUCUAUUGCCGAAAGCGUUAAGCCUAAAGGUGAGGAAUCACCAGCAGUAUCUAAAGAAACAUCCCGACCAGAAUCCGUUGCUGAAAGUAUAAAGGAAGAAGUAGAAAAGGCAGAUGACUUAAUAAAGGAACAUUCCCGACGUGAGUCCGCUGCCGAAGAUGUGAAGCCUGAAAGUGCAAAGGACGGAAAAUCCCUAGCUCCAUCUAAAGAACCAUCGCGACCAGAAUCCGUUGCCGAAAGUGUGAAAGAUGACACCGAAAAAGUUCACGAUAAGUCAAAGGACUCGUCUCGUCGUGAUUCAGUGGCCGAAAGUGUUAAGCCUGAUAGCGUUAAGGAUGAAAAGUCCCCAGUUCCAUCCAAAGAAGUAUCACGACCAGAAUCUGCAGCCGGUAGUGUCAAAGAUGAGGCAGAAAAGGUUGAAGUUAAAAGUGCGGAAGCUCCUCGCCCAGAAUCUGCAGCCGGAAUUGAAAAAGUGGACAGCGUCAAGGAUGAAAAGUCCGCACCUCCAUCCAAAGAAGCAUCACGACCAGAAUCCGUUGCCGAAAGUGUGAAGGAUGAGACAGAAAAGGCUGACGAAAAGGCAAAGGCAGCGUCUCGGCGUGAUUCAGUGGCUGAAAGUGUUAAGCCUGAUAGCGUUAAGGAUGAGAAGUCUCCAGUUCCAUCCAAAGAAGUAUCACGACCAGAAUCUGCAGCUGGUAGUGUCAAAGAUGAGGCACAAAAGCCUGAUGAUAAGCCCAAGGAAGAUUCGCGUCGUGAGUCCCUGGCUGAAAGUGUUCACCCAGCAAGCCUUAAAGAUGAGAAGUCACCAGUUCUUUCAAAGGAAGCUUCCCGACCAGAAUCUGUUGUCGAGAGUGUGAAAGACGAAUCAGAAAAACUCGACGAGAAGUCAAAGGAACCAUCACGUCGUGAGUCAGUAGCCGAAAGCGUGAAACCUGAAAGUGUAAAGGAUGAAAAGUCCGCAGCUCCUUCAAAAGAACCAUCCAGACCGGAAUCUGUAGCCGAAAGCGUAAAGGACGAGAAAGAAGAGCCUGGCGAUAAGUCUGUCGCCACUUCCCGUCGAGAAUCUGUAGCUGAAGGUGUCAAAACUUUAGGUGUAAAGGAUGAAAAAGCGACAGCUCCCUCAAAAGAAGCAUCGCGACCAGAAUCGGUUGCCGCAAGCGUGAAGGAUGAGACAGAAAAGGCAGACCAAAAGUCACAGGAACCUUCCCGGCGUGGUUCAGUCGCGGACAGUGUUAAGCUUGAUAGCGUUAAGGAUGAGAAGUCUCCAAUUCCAUCCAAAGAAGUAUCACGUCCAGAAUCUGCCGUUGGUAGUGCAACAGAUGAGGCAGAAAAGGUUGAAGUUAAAAGUAAGGAUGCUUCUCGGCCAGAGUCUGCGGCCGGAAUUGAAAAACUAGACAGCGUCAAGGAUGAAAAGUCCGCACCUCCAUCCAAAGAAGCAUCACGACCAGAAUCCGUUGCCGAAAGUGUAAAGGAUGAGACAGAAAAGACUGACGAAAAGUCAAAGGCAGCGUCUCGGCGUGAUUCAGUGGCUGAAAGUGUUAAGCCUGAUAGCGUUAAGGAUGAGAAGUCUCCAGUUCCAUCCAAAGAAGUAUCACGACCAGAAUCUGCCGCCGGUAGUGUAGAAGAUGAGGCAGAAAAGGUUGAAGUUAAAAGCAAGGAAGCUUCUAGACCAGAGCCUGUGACCGAAAUUGAAAAACCCGACAGCGUCAAGGGUGAAAAGUCCGCACCUCCAUCCAAAGAAGCAUCACGACCAGAAUCCGUUGCCGAAAGUGUGAAGAAUGAGACAGAAAAGGCUGACGAAAAGGCAAAGGCAGCGUCUCGGUGUGAUUCAGUGGCUGAAAGUGUUAAGUCUGAUAGCGUUAAAGAUGAGAAGUCUCCAGUUCCAUCCAAAGAAGUAUCACGACCAGAAUCUGCAGCUGGUAGUGUCAAAGAUGAGGCACAAAAGCCUGAUGAUAAGUCCAAGGAAGAUUCGCGUCGUGAGUCCCUGGCUGAAAGUGUCCACCCAGCAAGCCUUAAAGAUGAGAAGUCACCAGGUCUAUCAAAGGAAGCUUCCCGACCAGAAUCUGUUGUCGAGAGUGUGAAAGACGAAUCAGAAAAACUCUAUGAGAAGUCAAAGGAACCAUCACGUCGUGAGUCAGUAGCCGAAAGCGUGAAACCUGAAAGUGUAAAGGAUGAAAAGUCCGCAGCUCCAUCAAAAGAAUCAUCCAGACCGGAAUCUGUAGCCGAAAGUGUAAAGGACGAGAAAGAAGAGCCUGGCGAUAAAUCCGUCGCUACUUCCCGUCGAGAAUCUGUGGUCGAAGGCGUCAAACCUUUAGUUGUAAAGGAUGAAAAGUCCGCACCUCCAUCCAAAGAAGCAUCGCGACCGGAAUCCGUUGCCGAAAGUGUGAAGGAUGAGACAGAAAAGGCAGACCAAAAGUCACAGGAACCUUCCCGGCGUGAUUCAGUGGCCGAAAGUGUUAAGCCUGAUAGCGUUAAGGAUGAAAAGUCUCCGGUUCUAUCCAAAGAAGUAUCACGACCAGAAUCUGAAGCCGGUAGUGUCAAAGAUGAAGCAGAAAAACCUGAUGAUAAGUCUAAACCAGAUUCCCGAUCAGAGUCUGCAGUCGGAAUUGAAAAGCGCGAAAGCAUUAAAGAUGACAAGCCCGCAGCUCAAUCGAAAGAACCAUCCAGACCAGAGUCAGUAGCUGAGAGCCUGAAGGAUGAGCCAAAACAAGAUGAUGAAAAGUCAAAGGAGCCUUCACGUCGUGAUUCGGUAGCCGAAAGUGUGAAACAUGAAAGUGUAAAGGAUGAAAAGUCCGCAGCUCCAUCCAAAGAAUCAUCGCGGCCAGAAUCAGUAGCCGAGAGCUUGAAGGAUGAACCAAUUAAAGCUGACGAUAAGUCAAUUGUACCUUCCCGACGUGAAUCCAAAGUCGAAAGUGUACAGCCUGACAGCAUUAAAGAUGCGAAGACCACAAUUCCAUCCGAAGACUUAUCCAGACCUGAAUCUGUAUCUGAGAGUGCGAAGGGGGAACAAGAAAGGCCUGGAGAAACUUCUCGACCACCGUCUGCACGUGGAAUUGAAAAGCCUGAAACGCACAAGGAAGAGAAGUCCACACCUCCUUCGAAAGAAGCAUCACGACCAGAAUCCGUUGCCGAAAGUGUGAAGGAUGAGGCAGAAAAAACUGACGAAAAGUCAAAAGAAACUUCCCGUCGUGAUUCAGUGGCUGAAAGUAUUAUGCCUGAUAGCAUUAAGGAUGAGAAGUCCGCAGCUCCAUCAAAAGAAGCAUCCCGGCCAGAAUCUGCAGCCGGUAGUGUCAAAGAUGAGGUACACAAACAUGAUGAUAGGUCUAAGGAAGAUUCGCGUCGUGAAUCGGUAACAGAUAGUGUGAAACCUGAAAGCGCAAAGGGUGAAAAGUCCGCAGCCCCAUCAAAAGAACCAUCCAGACCGGAAUCUGUAGCUGAAAGUGUAAAGGACGAGAAAGAAGUGGCUGGCGAAAAAUCCGAUGCUACUUCGCGUCGAGAAUCUUUGGCCGAAGGCGUCAAACCUGAAAGCGUCAAGGAUGAAAAGGCGACAGCUCCCUCAAAAGAAUCAUCUAGACCAGAAUCAGUGUCAGAAAGCGUGAAGGACGAGACAGAAAAGGCUGAUGAUAAGUCAAAGGAAACGUCUCGUCGUGAUUCAGUAGCCGAAAGUGUUAAACCUGAUAGCGUUAAGGAUGAGAAGUCUCCAGUUCCAUCCAAAGAAGUAUCACGACCAGAGUCAGCAAUCGGACUGGAAAAGCCUGAAAGCAUUGAGGAUGAGAAAUCCGCAGCUCCAUCGAAAGAAGCAUCCCGGCCAGAAUCUGUUGUCGAAAGUUUCAAAGAUGACACAGUAAAACCCGACGAGAAGUCAAAGGAAACUUCACGUCGUGAAUCGAUAGCCGAAAGUGUGAAACCUGAAAGCGUAAAGGAUGAAAAGUCCGCAGCCCCAUCAAGAGAACCAUCUAGACCGGAAUCUGUAGCCGAAAGUGUAAAGGACGAGAAAGAAGAGCCUGGCGAUAAAUCCGUCGCUACUUCCCGUCGAGAAUCUGUGGUCGAAGGCGUCAAACCUGAAGGCGCCAAGGAUGAAAAGGCGACAGCUCCCUCAAAAGAAUCAUCUAGACCAGAAUCGGUGUCAGAAAGCAUGAAGGACGAGACAGAAAAGGCUGAUGAUAAGUCAAAGGAAACGUCUCGUCGGGAUUCAGUGGCAGAAAGUGUUAAGCCUGAUAUCGCCAAGGAUGAAAAGUCCCCAGUUCCAUCCAAAGAAGUAUCUCGACCAGAAUCUGCAACCGAAAGUGUCAAAGAGGAGGACCAAAGGCCUCAUGAUAAAUCCAAGGAGGCUUCCCAACCUGAGUCUAUAACUGAGAUCGUUAAGUCUGAGGAGGAUAAAGACGAAAAACAAGAGACCUCAUCAAAGGACGCGUCACGACCUGAAUCAGUUGCCGAAAGUUUGAAGGAUGUGAUAGGAAUACCAGAUGAUAAAUCCAAGGAACCAUCUCGACCUGAGGGUGUAGCCGAAAGUGUUAAGCCCGAUAGCAUUAAAGAUGAUAAGUCGCCAGAAAGAUCCGAAGAAGCCUCUCGACGGGAAUCUGUAGCCGGAAGUGUCAAAAAUGAAACCGAAAAGACUGAUGACAAAUCGAAAGAUGUUUCGCGACGUGAGUCUACCGCUGAAAAUGUUAAACUAGAUGGCGUUACAGAUGAUAAAUCAUUAGGCCCGUCCAAGGAAACCUCCAGACCGGAAUCAGUGACUGAGAGUGUAAAGAAAGAAAGUGAAAAAGUUGAUGAUGAGUCAGGGAAAUCUUCUGGUCGUGAGUCUGUGACGGAAAUUUUGAAGCCUGAAAGCUUAAAGGAUGAGAAAUCCCCGAUUGCAUCAAAAGAAACAUCCCGCCCAGAAUCAGUUGCCGAAAGCAUAAAAGAUGAGUCCCACCGAGCUUCAGUCUCUGAAGGUGAAAAAACAGUGCAAUGUCAAGAAACGGUCCGAGUUUUAGGUGAAACUGCUUCGACACCGAUAGAAGAAGCGCCGGCAUUUGUUGAAGAUUUUAUCCAAAAAGCCAAUUUAUCCUUAAACUUAGAAUCUGGAGAAAUAAAAGGAAAACUGCCAACGUUGUCAAGCCCUGUAGAUGUUGCAGAAGGUGACUUUUCCAAAGCAAUGGCCUUCUCUCAGCCAACCACGUCCAUAAAGCCUGCUGAACUUUCAAAGACUUCUGCAACGGAAACAGCAUCAAGCCCAGUGGAUGAUGCAUUUGAACUCUUUAAAGCAAGUGAAGGAGAUCAUGAACAUAUCAUUUCUAAAGAAAGUACAUCUAUUACUGCCGGUCUCACCAACCUUCUUGAUCUUCAAGAAACCAAAGAUGAAGUUUCUUCAGUUGUCGACAGCUUGACAAAAAAAUCAAAGGACUUAACACAAUCCUUGAUUGAAGAAGUUUCAUCGAAAUCUGAUGCUGUCACAUCAGUUUGUGAAGAAAAGAUAUCAAAGAUGACUGAUACAGUACAAAAGAAAGUAGUUGAUGAAAAAAUAUCGAAAGCGUCGGAAACAUUAAUAAAAGAAGUGAGCAAAGAAAGCUCAACACAAAUAACAAAACUCGAAUCCCUAAUUGAUACCAACAUUUCGGAGACGUCUUCAACAAUUACCGAAGUGAAAAAAAUAGUUGAAACAAAGCUGCAAGAAACUAAAGAACAAAUUGUGGAUAAAGUAAUUUCUACGUCUGAGGCAUUAUUAAAAGAUGUUUCCGAAGCAACAAAGGUAGUUACUGAAAGUAUAAGCGAGACUGUGGAUGAUGCCAAUGCUAAAAGCUCUUUAGAGUUAAGUGGAUUUUCUGAGCUUCGCGAAACACAUAUAACAACCGUUGGCUCACCAGAAUUUACAGUAACGAUUUGUGAGCGUGAUGAGCCCAUUCUUCAUGAUAUUAAAGAAGAAGACGAAGAGCACAGAUUCUCUCCACCAACUGAAAAGCCUUCUAUCUUAUCUGAUCAGCCCGUGCGCCCGCUGUCACCUCGUGAAGAGGAAGUGUUCAAGAUUGUUGCUGAUGUUGCAAAAGUAUUAAAGUCGGAAAAAGAUAUCACUGAAAUUAUACCAGACUUCGACGAAAAACAAUUAGAGGAAAAACUGAAAACAACUACAGUUGAAGUAGAUGGCUCUGAAACUUCAGAUAAAAUUGUUGCCCAACACACCCCAACAAGUACUCCAGAAAUAAUAUCUGAAAAAAGUACACCAACGAAAGAAACCGGCUUAGACAUAAAAGUGAUAAAGGUAGAUAUUGAAUCUGAAAAGUCAUCUCCUGACCAAAAAUCAGGCCCUAUAUCAAUUGAAGAGAAAGACAAAAUAGAAGAGUCCGAAAAAGCACAAUUGCGCGGGGAAAUAUCAAAAGCUGAAACAAGCAAGGAUUCUUCACGCCCAGAAUCAGCAGCCAGUCACAUAAGCACUAAGGACACAGUUCUAUCUAGACUAGAGUCAGCAGCAAGUCAUAUAAGCAUAAACGAAGAGGAGAAACCUGGUAUAUCAUCCAAAGAGACAUCGCGACCGGCGUCUGUUGCCAGCCACAAAAGUGCUAAAGACGAUGAAGGGGAAAAGGACGGAAAAUCCCCUACAACGCUAAAACAUACCGAGUCAACUGCCAUUCAUAUCAGUGCAAAGGAUGCACCUUCAGAUACAAAAUCACCAACUCCAGAAUCUUCAAAGGAUACCUCUCGCCCAGGAUCAGUUACCAGCGGUAAAGAUGUAGGCAUUCCGAUAUCAACAACUGAGGCUUCCAAAGAGUCCCAAAUCUCUGGCAAAGAUGAUUCGGGCCCCUCUUCAAGUGAGUUCCAACACGAAUUAAUUACUAAAUCAGUGACAGAAAGCAAAAAAGAAGAAAAAUCCCAAACAGCAACAGUUUCCAAGUCCAUCGUGAGCCAAACACACUUAAAGGAAGAGUCAAUCAGCGAAUCACUAAGCAGUAGCCUUAAGGCUGAGGAUGGUUCGAGACGCGAGUCCCUCUCCAGUCUAGUAGCUGAUAAAGAUGCUACAAAAUCAACAACAACAAUUAAUAAAGAGGAAAGUAAAGUAAUCGAAAAGACUACUGCUUCACAAGUGGAAGAACUACUUAUACAAUCUGAGGAAUGCUCUUCUGAGUCUAUUGUUAGUGAAAUUCAGACAACAUUACAGCAUUCCCAGAAACCUGCCAGUCAAACAGCAAGCAAGUCUGUAUCAGAAACCGUUACCAGCACCACCACUGAGGAUGGCAAAGAAAGCCUGAAAGAAACGGUUGCAGAAUUUCUGGCAACAGAGAAAAUUGUUUCUGCCAAGGAAACUUUUAGCGUUGAGGCCACCAAAACAGCAGAGGAGAGUUUAAAGAAAGUGUCCAGUGUUACGUCAUCUCAAAAGACACUAUUUGUGGGUACAGAUGAAUCUCGGCGUGAAUCGGUUUUAAGUCACACGUCUGAGAGCCGUCAGACACAUAGCGAUCCUGAAGACGAUGAAGCUGAUGAAGAGGACCGCAUUAGCCUCAAGGAAGGUCGCUCCAAAUCUAUUGCAACAAUCAUGAUGACAAGUAUCUACAAACCAUCUGAGGAAGCUGAAACUAUUGCCACUCUAGAGGAAGAAGAAACCGAGCAUGUGGAGGAAUCCAAAACCACACUUACUUCAACCACAGCGACAUCUAGCAACCUAAUCUCAAAAACGGAAGAAAGCAAAACUAAAAUUGAGUCCAUUACACUAACACAAACGGAAGAGAGCGAUACCACAGAUCGCAAGACGCCACCCACAGCUCCGGUUAGUCCAAGCGUUAAGACAUCAACUGCAACUGCAACAUCCACUUCGGCGGCUGCAGCAGCGACCGCAGCAAAGAGUGAGUCCAGUGCAGCCAGCAUUGCUUCAAUAUCAGGGCCACUUUCGCCCAAAGACAUAAGCGGUAAGUCUAGUCCUGGUGCAUUAACAUCUGAAAGUCAAUCCAUACCAACACCGUUAGGACGUGAGUCGCACACGGAGACGCCAGAGUCAUCGCCCAAGCCCACAUCGCCAUUCCCCCGCGUCACCAAAGACGAACUGAAAUCAGUGUCCUCGGGCAUUGAACUAAGCUCACACGAACGUACCAGCACAGUGGCCGAUGCAGGUGCUUCUGAGGUCGACUCCGCCGUACAGCUCAGUGAGUUUGUCACAUCCGGCGAAGCCUUGUCGGAGCUUCACGAGCUGCGCGGUAUUGAGAAAACUACAGCGCUAAGUGGCAGCACCGAGAAAGUUAUCACCACAACUAUUACCACUGUAACUAAAGUGAUUUCAUCGGAUGGCAAGGAAAUAGUUACCGAGGAAAAAACGGUCACAACUACAGACUCCUCAGAACCGGACUGUGACAAAGUUGUUGUCACCACCACGCGAACGACUAGUGAGAGCGAGAAAAGCGACCAGAUGCUGCCCAAAGAGGUGGCCAUGCUGCGCGGCAUCUACCAUCGUUCAUCAACACCAGGCAGUGAGGACGAGCGCCUGGCAGCUGCCUACAUGAGCGAUGACGAACUUCCCGGAUCCCCCCGCAGCGUAGCAUCUUCACAUGGUGGCGCAAGCUACGAUCUACAACGCUCCAGCUCAGGCGUCAGCAAGCGCUCGGACUUCGAUGCCGAUGAUAGUCAAGAUGAUAUACCGCCACAAUAUGGCAGCGAAGAGCACUCGGCCGCGCGCACCAUAUUGCCGCACAAAGCCACAGAUCCAAUGAGCACUUCAUUCUAUGGCACACUUCCCGACAGUUUUGAGCCGAAGCCGAGCACAGAACCCAUACCCAUUCGAGGCGUGCCCUCUGCACACAGCAUACUUGCCACACAUGCAGGCACCUACACGGACUCACCGCCUGCCAGCCAGUCAUCGGAGAGCGUCGAGAGCACCAGCCAAACAUGGGCCAGUCGCCAGGUGAUCAGCGGCGGCGUCACCGAGGUGGAGCCAGCCACAGAUGCGGCGCACAAAUUUCUACAUGAAGCUGACAUGGACUUCCAAAAGGCACUUGAUGAGCAUGUGCAAGUGCGUGGCGCUGAGGUAAUGUCUUCCGUGACCGCCAAGUACUCCUACUCACCAUCCAAGGCCGAGGAAGUAGAGCACAUCGUAAGCAGCACAGCGGAACGUCAGCGUUUCCCACUAAGCGAUGUGCAGAAGCUGCGCACAGCCGAGACAGCACUGACGAGCUUCAUCACAACCACCACGACGCCAUCGAGCGGUGGCACUAGUACUGCCGCCGAAGCGUCUACCACAGCCACAACACUGCAUCAAAGUGGUACGGCAGCGGCUUCGGGCAUAGCCGCUACUACCACUACAACAACAAGCAGUACCAGCGGUGGCAGCACAGCCUUUACCACUGGUACACAACCCAAGGAUCGCCUCGAGGAAUGGGGCAAGCCCUUGGGACUGCCCUCACCGGCACCACUUCCCGUCGAGGGUGGUGACAUACGCACCACACCGAAGAAGGAACGCCGAUUGGUGGCAACCAAGACGCGUCUCAACAACGAGAAAAACUUGCGCAGGCGCUCCGAAUCGCCCAGCAAGGCCAAGAAGCCGGCCCCGGUCUAUGUCGAUCUGACCUACGUACCGCACAAUGGCAACUCCUACUACUCGCAUGUUGAGUUCUUCAAGCGCGUGCGUGCACGCUAUUACGUCUUCUCGGGCACUGAGCCCAGUCGUCAGGUCUACGACGCCUUGCUUGAGGCCAAACAGACCUGGGAGGAUAAGGAAUUGGAGGUGACCAUUAUACCAACCUACGAUACCGAUGUCCUCGGCUAUUGGGUGGCCGAAAACGAAGAGCUUUUGGCGAAAUAUCACAUCGACCUCUCACCAUCUGCUUCACGUUGCACAAUUAAUUUGCAGGAUCAUGAGACCUCCUGCUCCGCCUAUCGCUUGGAAUUCUAGGCCACGGGCUUGUUUAUUGCAUUUUCCGACGACUAAACUACGCUAAACUCACAAUUUAAAAGCACUUUUCAACGAGUAAUCGACAAAUAAUGGGAAAACACACAAACUGUUUAAACAACAACUCUGAAGGACACCGAGCUGGUUUGAGGGUAACGUAUCGAACGAUAUCUUAUAUAGUAGACUAACCAGCAGCUAGCCAGAAACAGCAACAACAACAACAACAACACCAACAGCUACGACGACGACAAUGACUUCCAAGUUUUCAGCUUACAAAUGCAAAUGCAACGUUAAGAGGCUUGCCGACGACGACAACGACGACAACAACAAUAACAACAGCUGCAAAUUGCUUUUGAAAGCUUGACAACAAGAACCGAAAACAACAAAUGAAAUGCAAUAAAAUGCCGUGUGGAAAACACAGUUUACAAUUAAAAGGAAAUAACAAAACAAAAAAGCUAAAUAUGGCGGAGUAACGGGUCACAUGGAUGACGCCAUUUUGUUUGCCAAUGCCGUCUAUUGCGCUUUUUGCUCUUCAUUUCCAAAACGAAGCGAGAAAGUAAUUAAUUGAUAUUUAUUUUCAAGAAAUUAAUUACGAAAACGAUGCAAGCCAUUAUAGCCAAAAGCUUGCCACACAAGUAUAUUUUCAAAAAUAAUGUUUAACAAAAAAAAAUCAUACUGACACACACAUACAUAUAUAUACCAAAGAAGUGCCACGUGCCACAAAAAAAGAACAACAAAUUGAAAAUGAAAACAAUGUUUCUUUUGUGCUUUCAUUGAACAUCAAGCUACCUUGCAUAGUAACCCAAAGAUCAAAAUAGUUUUCAAACCCGCAUAGCAUAAAUAUUGUACGAGUAUACA